AUGGCUGCUUCGCGUCCCGCAGCAUCGCUUCAUCAUUCUCUCUUCCCUCCCCCUGCCCUCCUCUCCACCAUACACCGCUUGGCUUCCUAUCUCAGUAGUUGCCGAACCCCUCCGCCGUCCUCUGACCUUCACCGCAACCUCAGCGCCCUCCACGCCUCCCUUCUCAGAACAGCAACGCUUGUGGACUACGUCACCCGCCUCCCUUCCUCCCUGACGGGAAAACUUGUAGAUGCCAUCUUCGCCGCCGACGACUUGGUCGACCAGCUGGAGUACGAGUCUCUGCAAAAGCAGGUUGAGGAAAUGGAGAAAGCCGAAGCAGAGAAGGACGGCGUCGGCGGGAAGAUAGUCGAUCUCAGUGUCUUCCGCGGAUUCCAGACCGGCGAGGACGACGACACCGCAAACCUAAAACUUGCUGCACCCUCGUCCUCGAUCAGUGGAAGCUUGCGGCGGCCCGCGCUGAAUACAUCUGUGGAAACGGAGGCGAAAGGUGCGGAAUUGACGCUCGAAUCCAAUACGGAUCGUGGCCAGGAUGUUGAAUCGCGUGUUCCUGAUCCAUCCAUUUGUGGUUGCUUCUGUUCUUCCAAGACCAAGAAGCAAAGGGAAACUAGGUCUUCUAGGUUUCUCUCCUGCUGCUUCGGUUUCAACAAGGACUCUCGUUCCGCCGUCAAUGGUAAUCAUGCUGCAAAGAAGGAAGAUUCUAGCACAGUUGCUGCAAGAACCGAAAUUGGUGGCGAAAUUGGUAGUGGCACACAAAAGAAUGAUCUCUCAUCAUCCCAAGUAAGCAAUUCUGAGGGUCAAAAAAAUUCUUUGGAAGAAAUUAAUGUUGAUAGGAUUAUGAAAAUUGUGGAAUCGCUGGAUAUAGUUUCUGCUUAUCUCAGGGAGUCCACAGGAAUCGCAUUCUCAACUUGUCAUCUUGAAAGUCCACAUGAGAUCUUGCACAAAGAAAAAGCUGCCUCAAGUUUAAGUUUAGGAGAUUUGUUCUUCUACAAUGAUGAGAAAGAACAAUUGGUGAAAGAAUUGUUGAAAUUUAAUGAGGAUGAUGUCUGUAUCUUCCCCAUAUUGGGACCAAGGGGUGUUGGGAAAACUACUCUUGCUCACUUUGUGUAUCAAGAUGAGAGAAUAGAGGAGUACUUCCAUUCAAGGGUGUGGAUUUGUGCUUCUGAUGAUCUCAAUUCCAUGAGAAUUACAGGAGUGACUGCAGAUCCCCCUUCAAUUAGCACACCCCUUGCUUUUCGUGAGCUUGAGAAGUUGAAAUUCAUGGUCAGGAACCUGCAGGAUCAGUUGAAGGAAAAGAGAUUCUUGCUUGUGCUUGAUGAUGUUGAGAGCAUUGAGUGGGUCAUGCAAUUUGCCUCCUUGAAAGAUUGUGGAAAGGGCAGCAAAAUUAUCAUCACAGCUCGAGAGGAAGGUGUGAUAGAUGAAAGAGGGAAGGGGAACAAAAUCCUUCUCAAGGGUGUGAUAGAUGAAGGAAAUCACUUUCUUUCGUUCUUCAACUGGUGUGCUUUCAAUUGUGAAGAUCCACAAGGCUAUUCAGAGCUACAGGUUAUCUCCAAGAGGAUAUCCACCUUGCUAAACGGUAAUCCACUCGCGGCAAAGGCAGUCGGAGGGGUUUUGCAAACCAAAUUUUCGGAUGCACACUGGACCAGAAUUUUAAAUGAGUUGCUGGAAUUGAAAGAUGACCUUACAUUGAAAGAUGACCUUACUGACAUUAUGCCUGUUCUUAUGCUGUGUUACAAUCAUCUCCCUCCACACCUUAAGUGGUGCUUUGCAUAUUGUUCAGUAUUCUCCAAAGGUUAUCCAUUUGAUGCUCAAAACUUAAUUAACAUGUGGAUAUCACUAGGUUUCGUUGAACCAACAGAUUCAAAUAAGACAGUGGAGGAUGUCGGAAGAGAGUAUCUUGAUGGUUUACUAUCCAGGUCUUUUCUUGAACUCCCUAUCUACAAUAGAUCUUACUGGAGAUCUAGAUACUAUGCAAUGCACAACUUGAUGUAUGAUUUGUCAAAAUCUGUUGGAGUCAAAGAGUGUUUAGUGUAUGAAAAUGAAACCAUUUACCAGCUUUAUUUGGAUCGGUGGAAAUACUUCAGAUCCUUUAUUUGCAACUCAAAGCAUGUUAUCAAUUUUGGAGUGCUAUCGAGGAUCAGGGUCCUGGACUUGUCUUACAGUGGUAUGAAGCAGCUAUCAAAUUCUAUCAGUAAUUGCAUACACCUCAGAUACUUGAAUCUGGAUGGGAAUAACCUUUACAAGUUGCCUGAGUCAUUGUGCAAGCUUUAUCAUUUAAGAUUUCUUGCAGUUCCUGAGAAUUGCCGCAGAUUACCGGAAAGGUUCAACAACCUAAUCAAUUUGCGGCAUCUAAAUGCUAGCGAAGAAGCAAUAGCUUGGAUAGCUAAUAAAGGAAGGCUAGCUAGACUUCAAGAGUUGAAGAAAUUCCAUGUUAGAUUAAAGAAAGGAUAUGAUAUAGGGCAAUUGAAGGACCUAAUAGAGCUUAAGGGAGAACUUUGUAUCCAGGAUCUCGAUGAUGUUGGAAGAAAGGAGGAAGUGAUCGAGGCCGACUUGAAUGGAAAAACUAGAAUUGAGAAGCUGCAACUGAAAUGGCGAACAUGGAGGAAGAAAAGCCUCCGUGUUGAUGCACAGGAAGUACUUGAAUCCCUCAAGCCACCACCAUGUCUCAAACAUCUGGAAAUACAUAGUUUUGGAGGAAGCCAAUCUCCUGGUUGGCUAGAAGACCAAUCUCUCAUAUUCUUGCAAUCUAUCCAUCUCAAAAAUUGUAAUAAGUGGAAUCAACUCCCACCAUUCGGCCACCUGCCUCACCUUAAGGUUCUCAAAAUUGAAGGUAUGAACGUCAUAGUAGAUGGAGGCACAUGGAUGAUUGAUCCUUACCCAUCCUUGAGAGAGCUAUACUUGGAUAACACAUCGAUAAUGUUUGAGGAUAUUUCGUGGCAAGAACAAUGCUGCAAGUGCUUUCUUAAACUUAAGAAAUUAGUUGCUGUGAAGUGCAAAAGAGUAGGAGGAUUACCUCCACUUGCAUUGCUUUCAUCACUGGAAGAGCUAGAGAUAAAAAAGUCACCUGAUCUUGAAAGCCAGCUCUCCGGGUGUUUGAAGCACCUAAAGUCACUUACAACAUUAAAGAUGUCAGCACCAAACCUCACUCACUUUCCAUGUCAGGUGUUGCAACACUUGAAGUACUUGGAAAUUGAUGGUUGUCAAAGUCUAGUAUCUUGGUUGAUCGACAACGAAGAGGAUGUUCAUCAUUCAUCUCUUGUAUCUCUCAGCAUUGUGAACUCACCCCUUCCAGCAGGACCAGUUCUAGUUAAAUUCCUAACCUCUAUUCGAGAGCUACGAAUUGAUCAGUGCAUCAAAAUCUCAUCCUUCAGCAAAGAGCAAAAGGAGUGGUUUGCAAGCCUGAUUUCACUCGAGAAAUUGUCCAUUUCUAACUGUGCUCAACUACGUGAGCUACCUCCAAAUCUGCAUCAACUCCUUUCACUCAAGCAGAUGAUCAUACAAGGCUGUCCAAAUUUAGACUCACUACCCAGCAAUCUGCCUGAGUCUCUCAAAGUAUUCGAAAUUUUGAAAUGCAAUUCAGUUCUAGUGUCCCAAUUGCUAGGCGAGGAAGCUCCUGAUUGGAUUAAACGUAUUCCCUUCCGAUAUAUUGCUUAA